AUUGCCUUCAAAGUCGCACCUUGUAGUUUAAGAAUACAGUAAAACCUUUACUGGUAUUAGAGUUGGUUGGUGGACAUAAAAAAUCACCAUGACUAAAGUUACAUUGGUCCUUCUGGUUAUAGGACUGAUUGUCGUAGUCUCUAUACUUCAAGCUGAUGCCCAGAAGAAGACUACAAAGGUUGAAAAAUCAGGAUGGCAAUCGACUGGUGACGGACGAAGAAGGAGACGAGUGAAAAAAACCACCACAACAACAUCAAGUGGUAGAAGGUCUGGCGGUAGAAGGUCCGGUGGUGGAAGUAGACAGUCAACUAAGACGACUAAGUCAGAAUGGCAGUCUACUGGUGAUGGUCGAAGGAGGCGACGAGUUAAAAAAGUUACAACCACAAGAAAUUCUGGUAGCUCCAGAUCUGGUGGUCGGCGUAAGGGUAGAAAAGGCCGAAAGGGUCGAAAAGGCAGAAAGGGCCGAAAGGGCCGAAAGGGUCGAAAAGGUCGAAAGGGUCGAAAAGGUCGAAAGGCUAGGAAAGGCAGAAAAGGUAGAAAUGCAGGACGAUCUGGAAGACGAUCCUCCAGAAACAGUUCUGUUGAGUAUGAAUACGAAUGGGAAACUUCAGGUCGAAAAUCAGGAGGAAGAAAGGGAAGGAAAGGUCUAAAGGGACGAAAAGGAAGAAAGGCAAGGAAAGGUCGAAAAGGCAGAAAGGGCAGAAAAGGCAGAAAAGGCAGAAAAGGCAGAAAGGCUCGAAAAGGCCGAAAGGGACGAAAAGGAAGGAGGGCAAGGAAAGGUCGAAAGGGACGAAAAGGCAGAAAGGGAAGGAAAGGCAGAAAAGGCCGAAAGGGUCGAAAAGCCAGGAAAGGCAGAAAAGGCAGAAAAGCAGGGAGAUCUGGAAGACAAUCUUCCAGAAGCAGUUCUGUUGAGUAUGAAUACGAAUGGGAAACUUCAGGUCGAAGAUCAGGAGGAAGAAAGGGAAGGAAAGGUCGAAAAGGACGAAAAGGAAGGAAGGCAAGGAAAGGUCGAAAAGGCAGAAAGGGUAGAAAAGGCAGAAAAGCUAGAAAAGGCAGAAAGGGGAGAAAGGCAAGGAAAUCUGGAGGACGAUCUUCAAGAAGCAGUUCUGUUGAGUAUGAAUAUGAAUGGGAAUAUGCAGGUGGUAGAUCAAGAGGCAGAAAGGCUCGAAAAGGCCGAAAGGGACGAAAAGGUCGAAAAGGCAGAAAGGCUCGAAAAGGACGAAAAGGCAGAAAGGGACGAAAAGGUCGAAAAGGCAGAAAGGCUCGAAAAGGACGAAAAGGCAGAAAGGGACGAAAAGGUCGAAAAGGCAGAAAGGCGCGAAAAGGACGAAAAGGCAGAAAGGGAAGGAAAGGAAGAAAGGCAAGGAAAGGCAGAAAAGGACGAAAAGGCAGAAAGGCAAGGAAAGGCAGAAAGGCAAGGAAAGGAAGGAAAGGCAGGAAAGGUCGAAAGGGAAGAAAAGGUCGAAAAGGCAGAAAAGUUUCUAGAAAAAAUCGAAAUUCCGGAGCCCGCCGAAGUGGAAGAAAUUCAAAUCGAUCUACAACAGUUGAAUAUGAGUGGGAAUAUGUAGAUGAUUCUGGUAGAAGAAGGAGAAACCGAAAAGGCAGAAAGGGUCGAAAAGGCAGGAAGGCUCGAAAAGGAAGAAAGGGUCGAAAAGGCAGGAAGGCUCGAAAAGGAAGAAAGGGUCGAAAAGGCAGAAAGGCCCGAAAAGGCAGAAAGGGUCGAAAAGGCAGAAAAGGCAGAAAAGGCAGAAAAGGCAGAAAGGGUCGAAAGGGUCGCAAAGGCAGAAAGGGCCGAAAGGUUUCCAGGAAAAAUCGAAGAUCUGGAGCCAGCCGACGUAAUGGAAGAAACUCAAGAACAACUGAAAGGGAAGAAAAGGUAGAAAAGAACGAAAAGCAAGAAAAGGGCGAAAAGGACGAAAACCUAGAAAGGGAAGAAAAGGCAGGAAAGGACGAAAACCUAGAAGGGGAAGAAAAGGCAGUAAAGGACGAAAACCUACAAGGGGAAGAAAAGGACGAAAAGGCAGAAAAGGACGAAAACCUAGAAAGGGAAGAAAAGGCAGAAAGGGCAGAAAAGGACGAAAACCUAGAAGGGGAAGAAAAGGCAGAAAAGGACGAAAGCCAAGAAGGGGAAGAAAAGGAAGAAAGGGAAGAAAGGGAAGAAAAGGCAGAAAAGGACGAAAGCCUAGAAGGGGAAGAAAGGGCAGAAAAGGACGAAAGCCUAGAAGAGGAAGAAAAGGCAGAAAAGGCAGAAAAGGACGCAAACCUAGAAAUGGAAGAAAAGGCAGAAAAGGACGUAAGGGCAGAAAAGGACGAAAACCUAGAAGGGGAAGAAAAGGAAGAAAGGGAAGAAAAGGCAGAAAAGGACGAAAGCCUAGAAGGGGAAGAAAGGGCAGAAAAGGACGAAAACCUAGAAGGGGAAGAAAAGGCAGAAAAGGAAGAAAAGGACGAAAGCCAAGAAAGGGAAGAAAAGGACGAAAACCUAGAAAGGGAAGAAAAGGCAGAAAAGGUCGAAAAGGCAGAAAGGGCAGAAAAGGCAGAAAAGGACGAAAACCCAGAAGAGGAAGAAAAGGCAGAAAAGGACGAAAGCCAAGAAGGGGAAGAAAAGGAAGAAAAGGCAGAAAAGGACGAAAACCUAGAAGGGGAAGAAAAAGCAGAAAAGGCCGAAAACCUAGAAAGGGAAGACAAGGCAGAAAGGGCAGAAAAGGACGAAAGCCAAGAAGGGGAAGAAAAGGAAGAAAACCUAGAAGAGGAAGAAAACCUAGAAAGGGGAGAAAAGGCAGAAAAGGACGAAAACCUAGAAAGGGAAGAAAAGGACGAAAAGGCAGAAAAGGACGAAAGCCUAGAAGGGGAAGAAAAGGCAGGAAAGGACGAAAACCUAGAAGGGGCAGAAAAGGCAGGAAAGGACGAAAAUCUAGAAAGGGAAGAAAAGGCAGGAAAGGACGAAAACCUAGGAGAGGAAGAAAAGGCAGAAGAGGACGAAAGCCUAGACGGGGAAGAAAAGGAAGAAAACCUAGAAGGGGAAGAAAAGGCAGAAAAGGACGAAAACCUAGAAAGGGGAGAAAAGGAAGAAAAGGACGAAAACCUAGAAGGGGAAGAAAAGGCAGAAAAGGACGAAAACCUAGAAGGGGAAGAAAAGGAAGAAAACCUAGAAGGGGAAGAAAAGGCAGAAAAGGACGAAAACCUAGAAAGGGAAGAAAAGGCAGAAAAGGACGAAAACCUAGAAGGGGAAGAAAAGGAAGAAAAGGACGAAAACCUAGAAGGGGAAGAAAAGGCAGAAAAGGACGAAAACCUAGAAAAGGAAGAAAAGGCAGAAAAGGACGAAUACCUAGAAAGGGAAGAAAAGGACGAAAACCUAGAAGGGGCAGAAAAAGCAGAAAAGGACGAAAGCCUAGAAGGGGAAGAAAGGGCCGGAAAGGACGAAAACCUAGAAAAGGCAGAAAAGGAGAAAACGAAAACCUAG